AUGUCUUUCUUUUCAUUCCCUAGUCCGACGAUCAAGCAAGAGCACAUCAAAGAGUUAUAUUCCUCGUUCGGAGUAGAUCGCGCCGUGGUCUGUGAACUUGCUUCCGAUCACGAGACUCCAGAAACUGUCAGAAGCGGGUAUGGAGGAGCAUAUCUUAGUUUCUUCGAGUCUUGCGGGCUUUCUUUCCCGAUUCCGAGGCAGCUGCUGGAGAUUCUCGCCGAGUUUGGGAUCUCUCUCACGCAGUUAUGCGUGAACCUUCUCCGACACCUCCUAGCGAUCCUUGUCAGAGCCAGAGAGGAGAAGCUUUUGUUUGAGCUGGAGGAGCUGCAUAGUUUAUAUCUCAUAAAGCUCAACCAGAAGAAUCCUGGGACAUUUUUGGCGUCUCCUCGCCCUGGCCUCCACGUGAUUGGCGGGACACCCUAUCGGGAUGACCUGUGGCGAGAACAGUUCUUUGUUUUCAAAGUUGACUCGUCCACAGUAGGAGAUUUUGAUUUCUCCCUGCUCCCUCGUCGCUGGGCUAAAACUAUCGCUCAUCCGAAAGUUUCUCCGAUGUCUGAUCAACUUCGAGGUAUGGUGGCUGUUUUGAAGCUCGGAGAUACAGAUUGGUCGUCGUUUACUAGUGAGCGAAUUCGUACUUUGAAUUUGCUUCCUGUCGGUUUAGGAAUAGCUCCUGCUAUCUCGGGGCCGAUCGGGUUGCUCGAAGAAGCUGAGUCCUCUGAUCAUGACGAGCCCACCUCUGCGGAGGAGGUAAUUGCUCGUCCUAACACGAGCCGUUCUGAGAGGUGCUCGUUUCGGAGAUCGCUUAGAACCCUGGCGUCUGCUUCGAGAAAAACGCAUGUGGAUCCUACCCCGUUAUCUUUGAGCUCCGAUUCGGAGGAGGAUAUGCCAGCUUGCGAGCACGGGUCUGCCAAGGCCUCGCGAAGUGCCUCACCGAGACCGCCGCGAUCUGCUCCCAAGACGUCGAAAAGAGGGAGAGUAGGGAGGAGCGAUCAUUCCCCUCUACGUGAGACCAGUUCUGGUCCCAAACACUUGGGUGAUGGGACUAGCUCUCGAAACUUCGGGGCGACGUUCUUUUCUUCCUCGGAAGAGGAAGAUGCUUAUGCCAAGGUCGCCGAGGUCAUGGAGGCUUGUAACGACCUCGUUCCGAAGAUGGCAGAGCGUACAGGGACCUCUCAGAGAGAUGUGGAGAUUGAUCAUAUCUCUCUUGACUUCAAGAGGAUCUCUGCUAAACUUGAGGUCGCCAAGCGGGAGAGCAAGGAGGAGGUUGAGAAGAUCAACUCCAUGAUGACAGAGUGGGUGAAGGUUUGUGACGAGAAGUCGGUUCUAGAGAUCGAGGUCGCUGCUCAACAGGCCAAGAUCGCAAGGCUUGAAGCUGAGAGGGAUCGAGACGUUCGUUCUGCUCGUCGUGAGAUGUCGCGUCAGUACGCGGUGAUUCUGGGAUCUUUAGAAGAAAAAUGGUCCAACAAGGAGAGGGAGAUGGCAGCUAGAAUUCAGCUUCAGGAGGUGGUUGCUAACAUUGAUCUUCUGACUGAGAUCAAAGAGGGCAGCUGCGACGUUGAUGGGGAGUUGACUCGCCUGGAAGAUUUGGAAAGGGAUUGUGAAGCAGCCGUCGAGUCCUAUCCCUCCUCGAGUUAG